UUUUGUGUUACUUUCACAUAAACAUGGCGGGCGUGAUAGAAGAUAUCCGCACGCGGCUCACAUUAAAGGAGUAUGCAGUUGAUAAUACGCACAGUACUAAUUUCCCUGGAUCACAUGUAGGUUAUGAUGACGCUCUGAAUUUGAAAAACUUCAAAAAAAACUUUAAAGUCGACAUAAUUCGUCUUUGCGAUGAAUUUUUAGAGUUCGAUAUGGUUGGUAUUGAUGCUGCUAUCGUGAACGCAUUCCGGCGUAUCUUGAUCUCCGAGGUCCCUACGAUGGCUAUUGAGAAAGUCUUCGUUAACAAUAAUACUUCUAUUAUACAGGACGAGGUACUAGCUCACAGACUUGGUCUGAUCCCAAUAUAUGCAGACCCCCGACUCUUCGAGUACGUAAGUGAAGGAGAUAUGAACGGAACUCCCAGCGAUACCAUAGUUUUCGAAUUGAAGAUAAGAUGUAGUAAAAAUCCCAACGCUGACACGACAGACCCCGAUGAUUUAUAUAUAAACCAUAAAGUUUACAGUCGACAUUUGAAGUGGAUCCCUAUAGGCAAUCAAGCUGAUCUGUUUAAAGAAGGAGACAUCCGUCCUGUUGAUGACGAUAUUCUCAUUGCUAAACUUCGACCCGGCCAGAAACUCGACUUAAGAAUGCAUUGCAUCAAAGGUAUCGGGAAAGACCACAUAAAAUUUUCACCAGUGGCCACUGCAUCUUACCGUUUGCUGCCUGAAAUAACCCUGUUGAAACCUGUGUAUGGAGAACAGGCUCAUCGCUUGCAGACUUGUUUCUCGCCGGGUGUU